AUGCCAAAACAGUCAACCUUCACGACAGUCACCCCCUUGCCGGCGGGCAUGACGCGCCAGGCCGCCAUCGACUUCCUGCAGGACCAUGAGGCCAUGAUCGACCUCAACCCGCUCGUCACCGACCGGCGGCGCCUACCCUCUGCGCCGCCCUCCGCGCCCGCCGACGAGCACCGCUGCGCGUGGUAUGAGGUGACUGACCGCAUCGCCUACCUACCCGGUGGUCUCGCCAGCGGCUCCGUCCGCUACCGCUGCGCCUUCCUCGACCUCGCCGGCAUCGGCCUGCAGACGCACUGCUACGCGCCCAUGGGCGUCGACCUGCGCACGCGCUGGUCCGUCGGCGGCAGCGAGCCGGGGGAGCCCCGCGAGCCUCGGGAGCUCGGCCUCCACGGCGACGGUGACGGCGCGCGGCUGUUGCCGCCGGACGGGCUGUACCUGCGCGAGGACACGGAGCUGAGGUGCGGCGUGGUGAUGACGGCGUUUGUGAAGAGGACGCUGAGAUGCUCGCACAGGAAGCUCGCGGAGCGCCUGGCCCAGCGCGCGUCAGAGCGGGCUCGGUCAAGGGGGCGUGGGGAGGAGCAGGACGAGAAGAAGCAGGACGAGGAGAGGCAGAGGCGCGAUGAUGUUGGGGAGCACGGGGGAGGACGGCGCGGGGUGGGCAGCUACUAUGUGCAGAGAGAGCUCGAGGCGAGACGUCGCGCGGCGGCCGCAGCGGCGACCGUGGGAUACCCCAGGAAUGUAGUCAAUGGCCCUGGAAGUCAGAGGAUUGACCAGGGAUGCGUGUCAGAGGAAAAGCAGCUGUACGCUGGCGGGACGAGCAACUACUGCGGCCAGCAACAUCGUCACCAAACACAGCGGCAGUAUCAUGAAGCUGGCGCAAGACAUGACGCAUCCGAGCUGCCGUAA